AUGUCGGGUUCGUGUGUGCAUCCGUUCAAAAUCGAGGUUUCGGAAAAUGAAGUCGAUCGGCUGAGGAGGAAAUUGGAAGAUACGAGGCUUCCUGGGCGCGAAAUCGUCACCGGUGCGGGCGAUCGAUAUGGUCCCUCUUAUGGAUGGGCAAGUGGACUUGUACAUUCAUGGAUUCAUGACUUUGAUUGGUUCCAAGUUCAGAAAUCAAUCAAUGAAUAUCCCCACUAUCGGACAAAUGUUGAAGGUAUCAACAUUCAUUUCCUUCAUGCUCGUGCUGAGAAGAAUGAUGCGAUACCGUUGCUCCUCAUUCACGGAUGGCCUGGAUCUUUCUACGAAUUCAGCAGAGUAUGGGGCCCACUUUCGCACCCGACCGAUCCUAAAGAACAGGCCUUCCACGUUGUGGUGCCAAGCUUGCCAGGGUUUUGCUGGUCUGAUAGGCCGCCUCGAGCUGGAUGGACUCUGAAAGAUACCGCACGUAUAUUCGACCAAAUCAUGAAGAGGCUUGGAUAUUACAAAUACAUGGUCCAGUGCGGAGACUGGGGAAGUUUCGUGGGGCGUGAGCUCGGUGCGACUUAUACGGAGUCUUGCAAAUUGCUACAUUUGAACUUUUGCCCUAGUGCUCUCCCAGAUCGAAUUGAGCCUACUUCAAGGGAGGCUGAGGUUUCCCAUAGAGUUGGUGAUUUUUUAGAAAAUCAUCUCGGGUAUGCGAUCUGCAUGCGCACUCGGCCACACACUAUCGGAAUUGCGUUGAAUGAUAACCCUGUUGGCAUUCUGAUGUGGGUUGGAGAGAAAUACAUAGAAGCAGCCGAUCCUCAGAAGCAGAAAUGUCCUUCCUGGACGCAAGCAAUCCUCACAACAGCCUCGCUGUACUAUUUUACUGAUUGUAUCAUGCCAUCAAUGCUUUGUUAUUACGAAAAUGAGCGUCACGAAAACUUUGCUCAAUACAGCCUUCGGCCUGAAAAUCAAGUGAAAGUCCCUUUCGGGUACAGUUCUUUCUUUUGGGACACAGAGCCGUCAUCCAAACGUGCAGUAGAACGGACAGGGAAUUUGGUUUUCUACCGAGAACACGAUGAUGGCGGUCACUUUGCGGCUCUUGAGAAUCACGCAGACAUCUGCCAGGAUUUACGUGAUCUUGUAUCUCAGGAAUGGAAAUUUUAG